AGUGUAACUCCGCAGAAGGUCAGCAGAGGGCAGUAGCGUGUUUAUGCAUGAUUACAAUAAAUAUCGUCAGAAAAGCCUCGGCGUUAAUGUAGGUCAAACGAAGUGCACCCUGAUUUGUUUGGGAUCCAUUUGGAGACGACAACCCUGAAAUAUCGGCAGAAAGUGCUAGAAAAUAUUAAGAGCUUCUUAUUUCAUCGAGCUUCGAGUGUGACGGGAGACAUGACGAAAGACGGAAAGCUAUGGAUAGCAGAUUCAGUGGUGUUUUGAACGACAUCGAGGAACUCUCGCGACUCUCAAACACUCAGAACAAUUUCCACACCGAAAGGUCUAAGACGCUUUUUGAGGAGAUUCGAGCCUCCAUAAACAACAAUAACGAGGAGGAUCGCUCCUUCUGGAGGCCCGUGCUCCCUUGGGGGGGCGUUUUCACAAUCAAGGCAGGGCGCAAGGCCAUAUCCUGCAUCCCUCUGUACGUGGAGGUCCAACUGAAGAACACAUGCACCAUCGAUGGCUUCCUCAUGAUCUUGUAUGUGAUCCUGCGAGACAACCAGGGCUUCCACAGGGAGGUGGCGGUCUUCCUGGGGAAGCAGUUCGUGGAGCAUUUCCUCUAUUUGAUGGACUCCUGUGACUACACCACAGUGAAGAUGCUGUGGAUCUGGAACAGGAUGUCUAAGAGACAGUACCGCUCAGAGAUUCAUCAGGCAGCGAUGGAGAUCGACCUGUUUGGGAACGAGCACGAGAACUUCACGGAGAACCUGGAGAACCUCAUGUCUACCACUCAGGAGAGCCUGUGCACCAACUGUGACUGUCCGGGUCGCUUUCAGAAUGUCAAGAAAACCACCAUAAAUGUCAGCCCUCCCCAUGAGCUUCCUCACAAACACCCAAUCCAGUCAGCGGUGGAUGAAUUUUUCAGCCCCAAACUCCUACUCUGCUCAGAGCUAGGAUGUGAUGGCUUAAGGGAGUUUUCUCAACGGGUAUUCUGCCACGGACCCCCACCUUUUGUGAUCCUUAACAUGCAGCAGUGGAGAUCGGAGGAUCUGUCUUAUGUACCUUACCACCUGGCUCUUUGUCAACACAGAUACUUACUAGAGGGUGCCACACUCUUCAACAUGGAAGAGCAUCACUACUCGGCAGCUUUCCAGAUAGACGGUUGCUGGAUGCACUAUGACGGUUUGAGAAGCGAUAAUCUGAUCUUGCUGCAUAAGCCACCGGAGCUCCUGCUGCUUUCCUCCUUGGUCUACAUCCGUGCAUCUGACAAGUGACCAGUUGGACACAAUGCUCCACCUGAUUGAACACAUCAAACAUCCAGGGUUUUUUUUUUCAGCAUUAUUCCUGUUUUUGGCAUUUUAUAUUGUCUAUGAUUUUUUUUAUCUUUUGUGAAUAAUUUAUGGUCUUAGAAUACUUAGUUUGCUAAAGACAGUUGUUUGUGUUCUUUUUCAGCUGAUUGCUUACUCCAAACAUGCUGAUAAUUAUAUAUUUUAUGGAGGCAUGCUUGGAAUCCAAGAGUACAAUGGACUAUAAUAGUUCUGGGUUGAUAUGGAGCAGAUCCUAAAAGUGUACACAUCUCCUUUUUAAAUGUUUUUUCUUUUGUUAAAAAAGAUGACAGUGUUUAUUUUUAAUGUUGAGUACUUUUACAAUUCAAAUGAAAAACAAUUAAAUUUGUUUGAAAAAAAAUCAGAUGAAAAAUUUUAAACUGAAACUUUGUUGAUGCAACUUUUGAUUCAGUUUCAGCGUCUCUUAAGUACCUUUCUGUAUCACACAACCAAAGUUUAGUAAUAUUACCCCACUCUAUUGUAAAGGUUCUCAGUCUUUUGGGUUAUCAAAGUACCUCUUGUCCACAGAGCUUCAGGUGACCAUUAUGAUGCUGAGUAAUAAAAUCCAUACUCAUCUCGAGUGUUUUCAGUCAAAGUUGACUCGUACAACUUCCCACGAAUUUAUUCAGCUCGAUUUAAAAGCACAAGACCACACAAGACAGAACUUUAAUUCUGUCUUAAAGUUUUCUUUCUGCAUGAUCUCUUCUGGUGAUGUCUAGCGUUGCUUUUGUGCCAAGCUUUUUGAGUCUUUUGGGGUUGUAGCCAGAUUAUCUUUAAUUUGAGUUCAUCUAAUUUACUAGAUCAACUGCCAUAACUAAUGGCAGUUGUAAACACUAAGACUGAAAUUUAUCAAAAGGCAGUUCAAGAAGUGGUAGGUCAAAGGUGGACACAUUUAUUGCCACUGUGACCUUUUUGUUAGUUCCUACCCAACAGAUGUUUUUUCAUUGACUCAAAUAGAUACAGGAAGUAUCUAUUUGAAGGCGCAGAACAAAAUUUUAAACUACUGAUUGUAGUUUUAUUCUUAAACAAAUAAAACUUGACAUUUUGAUAGGGGGUGUGUAAAUUCCUGAGAUGUGUUCCCUGCUAAUAAACCUUGCAUUUGUUCAUUAUUUAAACCAGUAUGUAAAACAGUUUUAGCAUUUCUUACAUGACUCAAUCUCAGCAUAUUUCUUAAAAAAAGAAGAGUGCUUGCAGCUAUGAUUUUUUUAUAUAUAUAUAUUACUUGGGAAAUUUCCAGCUCAAGUUUAGUGUUCUGAUUUAAGCAUACCAAAAUUAAACUGGUGCUCUAAAUACACUGUGGCAUAAAAACUUAAUUUCUGUUUUUUAAGCUGUAAAGUUUAUACUCAAAUUGUGGAUGUUAAAACACAUGGCAGUUAAGUGGUAUGAAUUAUUUUUCUUACAGAAAGGCUUGCUUGAUUGAUUUGGGCUAUCAGGGUCUGAAGCACUCAGCACUCAGUAUUCUGAAAUGUUCCCAUCUCAGCAGUUUUUCAGCUUCCAUGUUAGAUAUUUAGAUUUUUUUUAUCCUCUAAUAAUUACUGUUAUCACAUAGUGCCUCAGUCAAGAAAGCUCUGACAUUAUUUUUUUCCUGCAAAUGUUGUCUUAAUACAAAAUAAAAAUAUUUUUGAACACA